CCUUCUUAUUAUUUGAUGUAAAGAACAAGAAAGAAAGAAAGAAAGAGUUUCAAUGUGCUCUCUCCAUUUCAAAAAUCUCUAAACUAAAAAUACACACGCACGCCUACCCUUUUGCUUCCAAUUUCAAGUAUUAUUAUUCCACCAACUACUUCCAUAUCACAAACAUUGCAUUGUUUUUUCAUAAAUAAAAAAACCUUGCAUUCUUUUACAUUAGUUUUUAACAAAAAAUGGAGUUAGCUUUGAGCUUAGGAGAUACACCAAAACUACCCUUUUCUUUUCUUGACAAACCCACAUCAAAUCUUGUUGCUUCCGAAGAUCCACUACCAAGUAAUUUCUUCUCAACACAAGGAAAAACCUCAGAAGAAAAAAGAGGUUCUUCAGAUCCACCUAUUCAACUUGAUCUUCUCCCUUUCACUCCUGUUCUUAGAUCUCACCACCCUUCUUCUCAACUUUCAAUUCCUUGGCUCACGCAACCAUGUGGACCGGUGAGGGAACUAGAUGUGAACCGUUUUCCGGCGACGACGGAGGAAGCUGACGAUGGCGCGUCGCUGUCAUCCCCCAACAGCGAAAUAUCACCGUUUCAAAUGGAUUUCAGUAUGAGGAAUAACAAUGGUGAUGGUGCUGGAAGAAACAGUAGUCGUGAGGGGGGUGCGGAUAGAAAUAGUACUAGCGAUGAUGAUGAAGAAGAAAAUGGGUCCACUCGGAAGAAACUCAGACUCUCUAAAGACCAAUCAGCUUUUCUUGAAGAAAGUUUCAAGGAACACACCACUCUUAAUCCCAAGCAAAAACUUGCAUUAGCAAAACAAUUGAAUCUUCGACCACGUCAAGUGGAAGUUUGGUUUCAGAACAGAAGAGCAAGGACAAAGUUGAAGCAAACAGAAGUGGAUUGUGAAUAUUUGAAGAGAUGUUGUGAAACAUUAACAGAAGAAAAUAGAAGGUUACAAAAGGAACUUCAAGAGCUUAGAGCAUUGAAAACUUCUCAGCCAUUUUACAUGCAACUUCCAGCUACAACUCUCACUAUGUGUCCCUCUUGUGAACGUGUGGCUACUAACUCUUGCAACAACAACACCAGGCCCAAAAUAUUGCCGUUCUCUAAUGUUCAAGCCCAAUCACAGCAGGCCCAAGCCCAUCAGAUUUCUUCUUGAUUUUAUAUAUCAAAUCAUGGACAUUUUUUAUUUGUCUUUCACAUAAUAUAAUUGAUAGAUAGUAUCAUAGAAGACGACAAGGUGUUAGUUUCAUAGUCUUAUUUUCGGUAUGUAUGUACAAUACUAUAAUUAAGAUAUGUAGAUUUAGACUAUUUCAUCACCCUUUUUAUUUCAUUCUUCGGAUCUUUGUGUUGCUUUCUUUGUCGAAAGAAUGAUAUUUUUUCUCUGAUUAGUUAGAAGAACCAGUCA